UUUUAUGUUUUAAUGAUUUAGAAUAUACCAUCCAUAGAGUAAUAAAUGCCACAUCGUAUUACAGGUGUAGACAAAGGAGUUGCUUAGGACGGGGUAUUUUACAAUCAGGUAGGUUCACAGAGAUGCAGGAUCAUACCAUAGAACAGUGUAAAUCACAUAUUGGCAAUAUGUUUACUCCAUGUCAACCCUUAGUAACACAGAACAUGCAACCUGUUAAUGCCAUAUCAAGCAAUAUAUGUGCCCCAUCUCAACUCUCUGUAGCAAACUACCAAACAACUAUAACUAGCAAUAUGUUUACUCCAUGUCAACCCUUAGUAACACAGAACAUGGAACCUGCUAAUGCCAUAUCAAGCAAUAUAUGUGCCCCAUCUCAACUCUCUGUAGCAAACUACCAAACAACUAUAACUAGCAAUAUGUUUACUCCAUGUCAACCCUUAGUAACACAGAACAUGCAACCUACUAAUGCCAGAUCAAGCAUUAUAUUAACUCAAUCUCAGCUAUUACCAGCAUUUAAUAUACAACCUACAAUAUCUAGUACAGAAGAUGUAAAUAAUGCCCAAAUGCUAUUAGAAUUACAAUAUGCUAGCAUCCAAAAUUCAAAUAUUCAAUACAUUAAAUCCUCAAAGGGUAAUUAUUGCCUUUACUAUCAAGGAUUUCUGUACAUAAGAGAUUAUUGUAGGAAGGAUUCUAUAUAUUACAAAUGCCGUCAAAAUUUAUGUAAUGGACAUGUAAUAUUAAGAAUCCAAGAUUCUAGAGUUGAUAUUAAAAGGGAACAUACACAUGAAGAGGACAAGGAUGAAUUCUUGGGCCUUGAAACAAGAAACAGUCUUAAAACUGCAAUGCAAGCAAACCCAUUAGAAUCAAGAAAGACAAUAUAUAAUCGAAUUUUAACAGAAAGGCUCCAUAACACUCCAGAUAUCUCAGACUUCCCUAAUGCAAUUCCACCAUUUGAAUCAGUCCAAAAAACAAUGAUUCGAAUGAUCAAGCAGUCACGGCCAGCUUUCCCUCUUACAACAGGUGAGCUAAUAUUACCAACAGAAUACAUCACAUUUGAAGGGGAACCAUUCCUCUUAGCCAAUGAUAAUAAUGAGAUCCUAAUAUUCUCAACACAUGAAUUUAUUAGAAUCCUUGCAGAGGUUGAAACCAUCUACAUGGAUGGCACCUUUUUCAUUUCCCCCAAAAUUUACAAACAAUUAUACACUUUUCAUAUUUAUUAUAAAGAGCAUAUGUUAGUAACCAUAUAUGCUUUAUUGCCAAAUAAAAGUAAAGCUACUUAUAUAAAACUCUUCCAAAUGAUAAAGAAGAUAUGUGAGGACUAUAACUUAAUACUUAGUCCAAAAUAUGUUCAAUUAAAUUUUGAACAGGCAGCCAUAAAGGCCUUGUAUGAUGUAUUUAUAAAUAUACAAAUCAAAGGUUAA